AUGCGCAGCCAGCUCAAGCGCAAGGGAUCGCGCACGCUGGCGCCCCUCAAGGAGCUCUGCGUGGACGACAGCAUGUUCGUGCCCCCGGAGCAGCUGAUGCCGGGCAAGAAGAUAGGCGCGGGGGCGUUCGCCACGGUGGAGCUGUGCGGCUACACGGACAGGGCCGGGAAGAGCCGGCCGGUCGCGGUGAAGAGGCUGAAACCAGAGCUUCUGGAGCAGGAGGGGGAGCUGAACAAGUUCGUGGAGGAGGCCAAGCUGCUGCGGACGAUCCGGCAUGAGUACAUCACCGAGUUUAUCGGCCUGGGGGGCGACAGGCGGGGGACCGGCAUGUACAUCGUGCAGGAGUACAUGAACGGCGGGACGAUAAAGUCACUGGUGAUGCGGCAGAUGGGGGAGCCGUUCAAGCGGCUGUAUAGUUUUGAGGGCGCCUUCGAGUGGCUGAUUCAGAUCGCGGAGGGCCUGGCGCACCUGCACGAGCUCGGCGUGGUGCACAGGGACCUCAAGCUGGAGAACGUGCUGCUGACGGUGAGCGACCCUUCUGAGGGCAAGGUUGCCAAGUUGGCGGACUUCGGACUUUCCGUGCUCACCAAGCAGCCCGGCGGCGCCACCACGAGGCACGCCGCCGACGCGGAGGGAGGGACCCCGCCCAAGCUGGCCACCUUCAGCAAGAUGCCCACGUUCUCGACCAAGAAGCAGCCGGCGCUGAAGAGGGUGUCGUCAAAGGUCCUUGCCAAGGACACUGUGGAUGCAAAGUAUGAACUGACAGGGCGCACGGGGUCGUUGAUGUACAUGGCGCCUGAGGUCUUUCGCUGCGAAAAGUACAACGAAAAGGUGGACGUCUUUUCAUUCGCGAUAAUAAUGUACGAGUUGCUGCGGAAGAGCGUGCUGCUGGUGUUUGUGGCAACGACGGGCAGCCCUGAAGACGUUGAGAGACACGCAGAAAACAUCGUGAACGGAAUGCGUCCACCUAUGCCACAAGAGUGGCCUGAUGAGUUGGCUGACUUGAUCCGAGAAUGCUGGCAUCAGAACCCAGACAAACGACCUGCCAUGAAAGAUGUAAUUCCGCGGCUGCGGAGACUGAAAGACGCAGGGGUCCUGCAGGAGCCAGCCAGGAAUGCUUCGGCUGGGUGCUGUUCGGUGCAAUGA